ACCAGUAUAUAUUUAUCAAGCAAACUGUUCUAUAAGUAAUAGUUAUUUACCUAAAAAGAGCAUUAGUCGUGUCUUAAUUCUACAAGUUAAUUCCGUAAAAUCGUAGUUUCCAUCAACUGUUUUAUAAAGAGACCACUGCAAAUGAAUUAGUCAAACAAGCGGAAUAAUUUGUCAUCACGCCAGAAUGGGUUUGUUACGGAACAAUUCAGUGACCGAGGACGGAUUUUCAGAUAAAGACAACGCCGCGUUUUGUGACUCCGUCGAUGCCUCUGUUGCUCAACCACAGUACUACCAUACGGAUCCAGUCAUGCUGGAAUUAGGAGCACAUUUUGAAGAUUCUGAGGCAUUCAGAAAGUGUGGCAUCUGUUAUGAGACCCCGAUAAAUGGACGACUAUUGGAUUGUUUUCAUACCUUUUGUGAGACUUGUUUAGAACGUGUUUGGUGUGACGCCACUGUCAUUAGAUGUUCUUUGUGUACAAGAACUACACCGAUUCCGGAUGGAGGUAUUCAAUGUCUACCCUGGAAUACAUUUAUGAGAACAAAGCCUGUCGGUGAAAUCCAACUGACCAUAGCAUGUGACUUGUGCGAGGAUAAUCGAUCUGCAGAAGUACAUUGUGUAGACUGUGACCAAAACUUGUGUUCCUCAUGUCGUUUGAUACACCUCAAAUGUAAUGCCUCUAAGACACACACAGUCAAGCUUUUGAACUCAAACAAUAUACCAUUGCCUGAUGAUUUACAUGGACAAUGUGUCAGGAAGGUAGCAGACACUUGUGUCGAUCAUGGAGAGGAGUUGUCUUACCAUUGUAGAAUGUGCUCCAAGGCAAUCUGUAAGGCUUGUAGGAAAGAGCCGGUACAUCGAGGCCAUAGGACGAAACCUCUCUCAGUUGUCAUGGAUGCAAAACGUAAACAUGUAUCCCAAAAGAUGGCAUCAAUUGAGAAUGGAUAUUUCGAAGUUCUAACAAAAAAGUUGUAUAAUACUAAACAACACACCGACGCCUUCUCCAAAAACAUCCAAGAUGUAAUAAAUCAAAUUCUCACCAGAACUGAAGAGCUGAAGAACGAAAUUGACCAGGCAAGCGAAGCUCUCAUUUCAGAAGUUUUGGAAAAGGAGAAAGUGGGGCUUGAGAAGUGCACUUCAUUAGAAAAAACUAUUGAACAUGAGUUAUUAGGUGUUGGAAGUGUUUUACAAUACAUUUACAACCUUUUGCUGUAUAGUUCCCUACUAGAGUUCUGCGAUGCAUUGCCUACAAUCGACAAGAUUCUGGACGGCUACAAUGAAGGAGGACAAACACCUCGUCUGGAGAAAACUGACAUCAAAUUUGAGCUUGGAGAUCUUACAGCAGAAUCAGUCAAACGAGGUUUCGGAAGUUUGACAACUCGGAGUAGAGGACGCUUAUGGUCAAGGUCAAUUUCAGUAGGAUUCGGAUGUUUACAAGAUGUUAACAUCAAAAUGAAAACAGGAUUCGACUUUCCAACUUCAUCAUUAGAAGAAGUCCAGGAAGAAGAAGAACUACCAAUUCAUGCUCUGACUACAUCCUCAAUUCACAGCAACCAGGUCUGGACAUGCGCAGGAUGGAAUUCUUCGACCAUUGCUCUCCUUGACAACCAAGGUACACCACAAACUUCUGUUCCGAUAGGCUAUAAAGUUGAUGACGUCACUAUCUCCAUGGACGAUGAAUUGUUCAUUUCAUGCUUUCACAAGAAGAUGCUAGUGCGUUAUAACCUUUCCACAGUGUCCCAGGAAACCGUCUCAUUGCCAUACUUCCCUCGCGGCCUCAGCAUUUGUGCCGAUGGCAGUCUUCUGAUUUGUAUGACCGACAGCUAUUGCUCAUGCGCAUCCGAUAACAGCAGAAGAUUUAUUGCUAGAUACACGGCGGAUUUAAAGCUGGACAGCGUGUAUGAAUUUGAAAACAAUAAGAGACUUUUCACGAGACCCUAUAGAGUGACAGAAAACAUCAAUGGUGACAUCUGCGUAACAGACAAAACGGCCAUGGGUUCGGGACGAGUUGUGGUUCUUGAUCGGCACGGCAAGUUCAAAUUUGCAUUCGAAGGACCUUCCAACAACCAAUGUACCGGUAGCUUUUCGCCUGCCGGGAUCGCAUGCGAUAAGUAUGGUCGAGUUCUCGUUGCGGACACUAAUAAUAACUGUGUGCACAUACUUGAUCCAAAUGGGAACUUUGUGGGAUUUCUCCUAAAACAGGGGGAUACACCAGUAAGCCCCCAUUCGCUUUGUUUUGAUAAUGAUAAUCAACUGUGGGUUGGAGAUGAAGAAGGAAACAUAAAAUUAUAUGAGUACAUCUAAAAAGAAAAGAAAAUCCAAAAAUCUUUUCUAGAGAAUAUAUAAUGCUUUAUGUACACAGUGGAGGAUGCUGAUAUUCACGGAUGUAAUGUGUUACUUGUUUAUAAUAACCCUGUUAUAUCAUAAUAAAUUCUUAAAUGAA